AUGUCCUAUAACGCAUUAUCACGGAAGGAAGGCUUAGCUGAGGCUUCAUCUUGGUUCAAGGCUCCUCAGAAGCACCAGAAAUAUGUUUCUUAUGUUCUUGGCCUUCCCAUGUCAAAGGUAGUUUGCAAAACAAAACGAGUUGGUGGUGGAUUUGGGGGGAAGGAGACAAGAUCAGCCUUUAUUGCUGCUGCUGCUUCAGUUCCAUCUUAUCUUUUAAAUCGACUAGUGAAAAUCACGCUGGACCGAGAUGUGGACAUGAUGAUAACUGGGCAACGGCAUAGUUUUCUAGGGAAGUACAAGGAUACUAGCUCAACUUUGUUUGUAAAGGUCAGAGCAAAUGGGUCAUGGACUUCAGAAGGCCAAGCAGAAGGGUCUAAUAGCUCCUCUGAUGGAAUGGGAAGUGCAAAGGAGAAGCCUGUGAUUAUUCCUACUGUUCUCAUCAUGGUAGUUCUCAUUGUUUUGCUGAGUUUAUUACUGCUUCUCGUUUAUGAGUUCAUGAAAAAUGGAUCCUUGGAUAAAUGGAUCUUCCCUUCAUAUCAAGGUCGAGAUAGAUUGUUAGAUUGGACAACUCGUUCAAAUAUAGCCAUAGCUAUUGCACAAGGGAUUGCAUACUUUCAUGAGCAGUGUAGGGAUCGGAUAAUACAUUGUGACAUCAAACUGCAAAAUAUAUUGGUAGACGAAAACUUUUGUCCCAAAGUAUCUAAUUUUGGGCUGGCCAAAUUGAUAAGAAGGGAGCACUCUCAUGUGGUGACAAUGGUCAGAGGCGCUAAAGGUUAUUUGGCACCACAAUGGGUUAGUAAUCACCCUAUAAUUGUAAAAGCUGACGUUUACAACUAUGGAAUGCUUCUUUUAGAGAUCAUUGGUGGCAGGAGAAAUCUUGACAUGUCCUUUGGUGCUGAGGACUUUUUCUAUCCUGGUUCAGCUUACAAGGAGAUGACAAAUGGGUCAAUAAUUAAGGUGGCAGAUAGGAGAUGA